GAAAGAAAAAAAAAAUCUUUGGCGUAUGCCUUGGUAAGUUGUUAUAAUUGUACCUCCUGCAUAACAGAUGGCAAAUUGUUGUCCGUCUCUUGUUUUGACUUGAUAUUGGAUGUACGGAGACCAGGAGUGCCCAAAUCAAGUCGAAUAAAUCGUUCAAAAUGUAUCAAGUAUUUUUUUUUUUUUUUUUUUUUUACUUUUGCCUCAGUUUUCUGAGAGCUUCACAUUCUGUGCUGAUCCUGGUAUGUCCUGAGCCGGUUGUCGGGCAGUCACCCAUCCCUUGCCGCUUAUCCUCACGAGGGUCGCAGGAGUGCUGGAGCCAAUCCCAGCUGCCAUUAGCCACGAAGAGUUUCACGCCGGACGCAACCCUCCGCAGUUAUCCCGGCUUGGCCUACACAUUGCACUGGUUUGCUGCAUUCAGCUAUAAUGAAGUCAAUGACAUUCUCGGUCCUCCAUCGGGACGAGACUCGGCCAAUCGUAAAAAGGCAUCAGGGGGUUGCUGGGCACAGGCGGAUCUUGGCGACCAAUGAGGUGAGUGCACACAAAGCUGAGCGUGACCGUGUAACAUCUUCACAGCGUCCGUUGAAGAGCCCACAAAACAACGCCAAUGCUCAACAAAAUGAAGAAAGACAAGGUGCAACGUAACAACGUCAAAGGAAAACGGAAAGAUGUCAGACACGGGAAUGGGUGCGACACCUCAAGAUGAUUCCAUCCUUAUGGUUGUCCUCAAGACGUUUGGCCUCCCCUCCCAGCAGAGGAUUCUGUGCUAAAGCAGGAGAACGGUCCCGUUGCGCUCCAAUAAAUGCCGAGUGAAAAACGUGGCGAGAGAGAAAACUGCUCCAUAACAUCUGCUCGGUCUCUCUAUUCACUGAAUGACCCUCUGUGUGCCUGUGUGGACACUUGAGAAGCAGGAAGGGAGCAAAAGCGGCAAGUGCAGCGCUAAGGGCGCAGAUGCCAACAUUGACGCCAACAAAGACGUUCCAGUAGAUGCCGGCGAUGAGAUUGCGGCCAAGCGUCCCGCGAGCCUCGGCAGCAGCAGCAGUAGCGCGCCGCCGCCCACUCAGCUGCACAAGAUCAAAUAUUGCGGCGGUCCUCAAGUGGCCAAGAAGGAACGACGUCACAGUUCUUCUCGAUUCAGCGUCAGCGGGAACAGAGAACUCAGCAAACUUCCCGCCCUCAAAGAUGCGGCGGCGAUGGAUCGCGAAGAACUUUUUGUGCAGAAGCUCCGUCAGUGCUGCGUCCUUUUUGACUUCGUGAGCGACCCGCUCAGUGACCUGAAGUUCAAAGAAGUCAAGAGGGCCGGCCUCCACGAGAUGCUGGACUACAUCACGCACGACACGGACGCGCUCACCGAGGCCAUCUACCCCGAGGUCGUCGGCAUGUUUUCAGUGAACUUGUUCCGGACUCUUCCGCCAUCCUCCAACCCCACCGGAGCAGAGUUUGACCCCGAGGAGGACGAACCUACGCUUGAGGCCGCCUGGCCUCAUCUGCAGCUGGUUUACGAGUUCUUCCUUCGCUUCCUGGAGUCUCCGGACUUCCAAGCCAACGUGGCCAAAAAAUACAUGGACCAGAACUUUGUCUUGUCGCUUCUGGAACUGUUGGACAGCGAGGAUCCUCGAGAAAGGGACUUCCUGAAAACCAUCCUGCACCGCAUCUACGGCAAGUUCCUGGGUCUGCGCGCAUACAUCCGGCGGCAGAUCAACAACAUCUUCUACAGGUUUAUCUACGAGACGGAACAUCACAACGGGAUCGCGGAGCUGUUGGAGAUCCUCGGGAGCAUCAUCAACGGCUUCGCUCUUCCACUUAAAGAAGAACACAAGAUGUUCCUGAUCAGAGUUCUUCUGCCGCUUCACAAAGUCAAAUCCCUCAGCGUGUACCACCCGCAGCUGGCGUACUGCGUGGUCCAGUUCCUGGAAAAGGACAGCAGUCUGACAGAACCGGUGAUCAUGGGGCUGCUGAAGUUCUGGCCCAAGACUCACAGUCCCAAGGAAGUGAUGUUUCUCAACGAGCUGGAAGAAAUCCUGGACGUCAUCGAACCCGCCGAGUUCAUCAAAGUCCAGGAGCCGCUCUUCAGGCAGCUGGCCAAAUGCGUGUCCAGCACGCACUUCCAGGUGGCAGAGCGCGCUCUGUACUACUGGAACAACGAGUACAUCAUGAGUUUGAUCAGCGACAACGCCGCCACCAUUCUUCCCAUCAUGUUUCCCGCUCUCUACAAGAACUCCAAGAGCCACUGGAACAAAACCAUCCACGGCCUGAUCUACAACGCUCUCAAACUCUUCAUGGAGAUGAACCAGAAACUUUUUGACGACUGCACUCAACAGUACAAGAGCGGCAAGCACAAAGAAAAACACAAAAUGAAGGAGAGGGAGCAAAUCUGGAGUCAACUGGAAGAACUGGCAAGACACAAUCCUCAGAGCGACAAGCUCCUCCCCCCGCUGCGCAGACUUCACACGCAGGACACGGUGUGUAGCGCGUCGUCCGUGGACGUGGACGUUCCAACUAUGGAGGACAUCCAACUGUUGAAGAGGGCCGUCGCCAGUCAAGCGGCGCCGGCCGCAAAGGACUCCAGGACGGAGCCCAAGGUGACCCGGAAGAAGUCGGACCUUCCGCGGGACGUUUUCACCAUCAAAGCUUUGGAGGCGCACAAGAGGGCGGAGCACUUCCUCGCAGCCAAUCAGGAGGCCCUCAGCUAAUGAGCGGGCGCCGGGCCACGCCCACUGAAUGACCCGCGGGACUUCCCCGGCCCCGCCCCCUCCGUGAUCUCUCCCAGGUCGAUCCUUCGACCUUCUGUGGUGGUCGACGGUACGGUUGCCGUGGGAACAGCACCCCACCCCUCAGCACUUUUGCCUGACGUCGCCCGCUUAGCGCGUUAGCUGCGAUCGACAGCCGGUGUUGGGGCUCAUUCUCAUUUCAUUUGACACAAUGGGAGGGGGGCGCACCGGGGCACCCCCGAUUUUCUCCGGGUGAACGGCUCCCGUGCUCAAAGUCCAGUUUUCGAAACGGUAUUGAUGAUUUCAAAGGAAAAUGGUAGUGGCUUGCUACUUACGUCAACAAUCAUUUCCAUGUGCUUCAACUUCAAACUUAGCCCAAGCGCUCAUUCGGGCCAUCACACCAGCGCCGAAGUUCGUGGCCACGCUUCCACAAAAUGAUGCAUUCACUCGUGUGCUUCGCGGUGUGAGGGCAAAGCGCAGAUCCCUCCGGUGUAUUGCAACGACAGCAUUCUUGCAUUCAU